GUCGGAGUUGCACAAGACUGACAGCUCAGGUUUAAAUGCCAGGAGUUGUGAGCGGGCAGGGUGUCAGCAGCACUGUGUACAGCCGGGCACACCGUCAUGGCACUGAAGGUCUGCAUCGUGGGCUCUGGUAAUUGGGGAUCUGCCAUUGCGAAGAUUGUCGGGGAGAAUGCGGCUCAGCUCCCUCAGUUUGAUAAUGUGGUAAACAUGUGGGUGUUUGAGGAGCUAAUAUCAGGGAAGAAACUAACUGAGAUCAUCAACACUGAACACGAGAACGUGAAAUACCUCCCUGGGCACAAGCUUCCGGCCAACGUGGUGGCAGUGCCUGAUCUACUGGAAGCCGCAAAGGGGGCAGAUAUCCUAAUAUUUGUCGUCCCCCAUCAGUUUAUUGGUAAACUAUGCGAACAGCUGAAAUCUCAUGUGAAGAAAGAAGCGUUUGGAGUGUCGCUCAUAAAGGGUGUAGAUGAGGGACCUGAAGGUCUUCGGUUGAUAUCUAACAUUAUUCAUGAGAGGCUAGGCAUCCAGAUGAGUGUGUUAAUGGGUGCCAACAUUGCCAAUGAAGUCGCUGAUGGAAAAUUUUGCGAGACCACAAUUGGUAGUAUAAAUAAGGAGCAAGGCAAAAUCCUAAAAGAGCUGUUCCAGACACCAAAUUUCCGUAUCACAGUAGUGGAAGAAGCAGAUACAGUAGAACUAUGUGGAGCUCUGAAGAACAUUGUCGCUGUUGGAGCUGGCUUCUGUGAUGGACUUGGUUUUGGAGAUAAUACAAAAGCUGCUGUUAUUCGCCUAGGGCUAAUGGAGAUGAUUGCCUUUUCCAAAAUGUUUUGUGCUGGACCGGUUACAUCGGCCACUUUCCUCGAGAGCUGCGGCGUGGCUGAUCUGAUCACCACAUGUUAUGGAGGCAGGAAUAGAAAAGUUGGUGAAGCAUUUGCCCGCACUGGAAAGUCUAUAGAGCAGCUGGAGCAAGAAAUGCUGAACGGACAAAAACUGCAGGGACCACAGACCUCAGCCGAACUCCACCACAUCCUCAAGAGCAAAAACAUGGUGGAGAAGUUUCCGCUGUUCACUGCUGUAUAUAAGAUCUGCUAUGAGGGAAAACCAGUGACAGAGUUCAUAACCUGCCUCCAGAACCACCCUGAGCACAUGUAAACUAACCUGUGAACUCCGACCGUCAAAGCCCUCCACGUUUCAUGGGUCUUCCCAUGGAGAAAAAUCCCAUAUUAUAUGUCCGUUUGAUGUGCACUGUACAUGGACACAUCUACACUUACUACUUGAUUGCAUUAACCCCCAGUGUCUGGAAUUUCUGACAUUAGCUGUACUUGCUGCUCCACCUAGAAGCCUUUGUUGAUGCAGACAUUACAAGGUUGGAUUCUUCCACCCUCAGCCAUGUUUGCUUUGAGAGUUUUAAGGUAUAUUCCCAAAGGGAAUUUUUUAUUUAGUUUUUAGAAGAAAAAAGCUAUCUAUAUAAUCUGCAUAGAUCCCUAUGUUUAACGUAACACCAUUAUGACGAAUAUAAACGUUGAAUGGUUACCUGUCUGUUGACACUAGCGACUGCUCGAGGUAAGAGAGCUUUGUGUAGAGCUCAACAAGACUACUUUAUUCCAAUGGCCGGCAAAUGUUUAGGGUAUAUUUACAUGCGACCGAUUUGUUGCAGAAUGUCCUAGGAUUGCCUCUUACAUGUGAAUGGGGAUUGCAGAAAUAACCCCAUUCAGAUGUAUGAAACAGAUUUUUGAUUUGUGCCGUUUGUGAACUCCAAGUCUGCAUUAGAACCCGUGUCCGGCUUGGGCUACAGAGCGAUCUUGCCAGCGACACCCGUCACUGUGUGGCAGUGCAGCCACUGAACUGAAUGUCACAACCAAGACCCCAAAAAAACACAACACCUGGAUGUUUUGCAAUUCUGGGUUGCAGUAACUUGGAGGUCACAUUGCUGCCCCAUUAGUGCUACACAGAAAUCUUUGAUCCCGUGACUGGUGUCGCUGCCAAGAUCGCUGUGUAGUGCCAACCUUAGUCCGUUGGUUUGUAAUUACAAUCUAACAAAACCCCAUUUCAUAGCAGAAGAUAUUGCAACAUUGUAUCCUUUACCUAUUAUCCAUUGUCUUAAAUGUCAAAAUUAAUUUUCCCAGGAUGUAACCUUUGUUUCACAAAUUUGAUUGAAAUACAAACUGUUGAGUAACA